UUUUCUUAAAUAAACUUCUGAAAGUGUACUCUGCAGACAGAUAUAACCGCGCGCUCACAAAUCGUAAACGGAGGCAAAAGUUGUUCGAAUUACUUUGGAACUUUGAAAUGAUGUAUGAUUGGACACAAUUAAAGAGUAGCUGCUGCAACAGUUCCAGUUUACCAUUUCUGAACCUUUGUUGAAAGUGAAAAAAGGGAAAAAGAAGAAAAUAAGCAUUUGGUUGGAUAAAUAUGAAGUCCAGUGGUGAUCAUUGUAUUAUUUUGUCUGAUUCCAGUUCUGAGUGGAGUUCUCUACCUGAUUUAACAGAGCUUUCAGAUACAGAGGAUCUGUUUCUGUCUAGAUUUAACCAACCAAAAUCUUGUACAGGGACUAAAAUUGGACCUGACUUUGUAAUAGAAGUUGAUGAUGACUCUGAUAAUCAAGAAAAUGAUGUUAUUUUGAUUGAGGAUACAAAUGAUGACACCAAAAAUUCUUUUUGUACAAUACCAGAAAGGAAACCCAACACGAACUGUGUAGUGGAUGCUUAUUUUCCAAGACAGAAUAUAAUCAAAAAAUGUUUGUUUGUUCCUUAUUUAUUUCAGUCUCCGUCAACCGAUGUGAUAAAAUAUGGUAAAAGCUUACAACUUCAGUCUUUGUUGUCUAUGACACUUAUAUGUUCAUACGUUGAAGAAGGGACUGCAUUCGCCAAUUAUACAUCUUAUAUUACUGAUGUUUUAUAUAACUGCAAACCUGAUAUUUCCGUUUCCAAAAACUUAUUUAAAUUACUUAUAUCAAUCAACUCUGAUAAAUCUCACAAAAUGAAUGAAUUUCUUCAUUUGUCUUCUUCUGAAAUCUAUCGACUUCUUAAUGUUAUUUGUCACCGUUACCCAGAAAACAUCAGGUUCGUCUGGUCUGAGUUUUCAGAGAUAGCAAAGGCGACACCAGUGUCAUUAAUUAACUUGUUUUUGGUUGUUGAACUUUGUCUAAGUGUUUUUGAAUCUGAACUGAAUGAAAUUGUUUCCUCAAAAACCACUGAAAUAAAAAAGUUCCAGACUUAUAAAAUACUUGCCAAUGAAGAAGCUCAUUCCUCUGUUAGGUGCAUAAUUACAAUGUUGAAAUAUUCUUUUAAUAUUUUACAAGAAGAAAGUUCUGAUGUGUUAGAAAUUCUAAUUCAUAAAUUGCAAAAAUUACUAGAAAUUUCUGUAUAUAUUAGUUGCAAAAGUAUUUCAAUGGCUGAACAUGUUGCUAAACAUCUUGUCAGUUUAUACAAUAACCUUCCUCAAUUGAAAUACCGUAUCAAAUUGAUUACAUCUAUCAAAUCAGAGUUGAUACGAUUUAAAAUGAUGGAAAAUAUUUUGGUAUUGUAUUAUGAUAGCAUAACGUUACAAUGGGAUGAUAUGCCUGUUUCUUUUACUAGUCUAGCAGAAUGUUUCUUUCAGGCCUUACCACGGAAGAAUUCUAUGUUUAGUACUUAUAGCGACAUUGAAGUUAUAUCAUACCAUGAACAAUCUUGUGAAGAACUUAUCAUGAUCAUAUAUUACACAGUCAACAGCUAUAUCCUUUAUUUACAACGUUCUGAGCUAAAUCCUUCUUCCUCAAUUGAUGAGACUGCUGAGAAAAGGUUGCAGUAUUACUUAGGGGGAGUAUAUUCACAUAUAGAACUUCUUAAGAUACACAUGAAAGAAUUGAACCCUAAAUUUACUGAAAACACAAAUCCAUACUUAUUGAUGAUGGACCAUAUUACUGACCUUCUUAAUGAAGAUGUUAUUCUAUCUGCUUUUUAAUUAUUGUAUAGAUAAUUUUUUUUUUUCAUAACAUGUAAGUUUCUGGUGAAUGAUAUUGGUGAAUAACAAUAAUCUGAAUAAUAUAUAUAUAUAUAUAUAUAUAUGUAUAUAUAUUGUUGAUGUCAUCAGUAUGAUGUAGAUGUACGGACACAUACAUAUAUAAAUAAAAGAAAGUAGUUAGGAUCUGGAUAAAAGCUAUUUAGCAUGUUCACCCCUUUUAAGGGAUUCAUCCAUAUAUAUAUAUAUAUAUAUAUAUAUAUAUAUAUAUAUAUACAUAUAUAUAUAUAUAUGAAUUUCAUUUAUGUAUAUAUAUGAAUUUCAGCUGCUGUGAAACAUGGGAUUAAGAAACCUAGAGUAGAGCUGGAGUGAAACUUCAAAUAUAUAAAUAAACUCUACUUCGUGUAUUAAGUAAUCUUUAUUUUUCGCUCCAUUUACUUUAAGGCCUUUUGAUUACAGCUUUUGUUUCUAUGCCUUGAAUUUCUUCUUUAAAUCUUCUACAGAUUCAGCCUAAAGGACCAGCUCAUCAGCACAUAAGGGUUUGCAUGGGCAGCUAGUCUUGAACUCCUGUGUUAUAGCCUGUGACAUGACUCUUUUCUGUUAUUUCCCCACAAUGUGACAAUCAGGACUGACUUAAGUGACUUUGAGUGUUCCUCAUGCUUAUCAAGGUUUCUCUCACUUCACUUUCUGGCUCAGAGGAAAGGGCAGUCUCGCUGUUGAGUCUGUUUAAGAUGGGACUUUUUCUCUCUCUCUCACAGACACAUUUUCCACACCUCUUUCUUUUUGGUGUCAAUAAGAGCAAGUGCACCAUUAUCAUAUCAUACAUACUUCUCAACAUCUUGAUUCUUGCCUGAGAGAGACAAGGUGGGGUUGUUAAGUGUAUCAAUAAUGCUAUAUUCAAAAGCCUUAAUAGAGUCUCACUCCAUUUGUUGGUUUGGUAUAUAGCAGUUGUCUCCUUGUGAUCAUCUGUCCUUUGAGACUGGUGUUGUUUUUUGUACUGUCAGUGUAUUCCCAAUUUAAUCACCAACAUCAAGUAGAACUGGUUUACAUUAUCAUCAAUAGCAGUUCCAGCAGCCUUCAUAACCUAAACACCACUAGCUAACGUAUUGCUGUCACUUGAUUGGCUGGUCAUUCUUUUUAGUGUAUUUGAGGAAGACCUUCUCUCUUUGUUGUGUUGCUCUCAUCCAUCAACCUCUUUUAAUACCACUUCUGUGUUUCCUUCAGCACCAGUAAGAGUAAAUCUCCCAUUAUAUUUCUGUACACACUUCUCCCCAAUGAUGUAUUGAUUUUUUUCUUACCUACUGCCUUGCAAUCCAUAAUAACUAUUUGGCAAAGGCGGGAACAGGCUAGUCACUAAAAUAAAUGCUACAGGAAGAUAUCAUACUCAAUGAUUGGUAUAAAAGUAUCAUUGUCAACUGCUACAUGAGCAUGAUCUACAUCUUCUUAUAUUACCUAUUUGAGUAACUAGCCUGUUCCCACCUUCACCAAAUAUUUUAACCCGUGAGCAUUUAAUCCUGCCAUAUCCAGCCCAAAUAUUCUGUUUUAUGUUCAAACUGACCAGAUCCUGCCUUUCACAUCUACCCUACAAUUUCAUUUUGAAAAUAUACAAUCACAUCAUUGAGAUUGCUAUGUUACAAGGUGAUAAAUGAUUAGUUGAAAACAAUAUGAAUAAAUAAACAUUACAUUUGACAGAGUAAUCUGAAUGCUAAAGGGUUAAGCAUUUCAACAGUUAUGCCAAACAGAUCAACCCUAUCAAGGACCUUCAGAAUAUCCAUUUCAUUGAAAGAUGACCAUGGCACUGUGAGGAUCCUAUUUCAGUGGGAAUAGGUUGGAAAGUCCAUUUCAGCUAAUGCACAUUGACAAUUUACUAUCUCAUCUCUAAUAAUAAUCCGUCUCAUUUGCCCACCACAGCAAACCUUAGGAUUAUAUCACCAAACUGAUAUUAAUAGUUUUUCUUUCUUAGAGUAUAAUAUUGAAUAUUAAAAUAUCUUUUUCUAAACUAUUCAUCAAUUAAAUGAUGUUCAUUUUUGUCAUUUUAUUGAUAUUGAUAAAAGUUGCACGAGUUUAAUUAAAAUUUUCAUGUUUAAACUUACAUCAUUAAAAAAAAAAAAGAGUAAAUAUACAUUGAUAUGUGUGUGUGUGGCGUACUUGAUAUUAUGUCAUUGUUGUAAACUAGUAUCUUUAUCAUACAAGUGAUGUUGUUCAUUUCCAAUCUUCCAUGGAAAUGUGUCCAGCCAUGGGGAAAUUUGACCUUGCUUGUUAAUAGGUGAGGGAUGGUGAUACCAGGAGGGGCAUCCAACCAGAGGAAAUCCAAUUAAUUCAUGCCAAACAAGUAUGAAAAGUUAGAUAAUGAUGAUGAUAUAAAAUUGUUUAUCAAAACAUUUUGAAGAUCAAAUUUGAGAGGCUUCUUUACUCAACAUAAUUUCUGGACUUCUCAUGCAAGGUUCUCCACAGAUUCAAAUUUCUUACUGGAUUUUUUUGGCAGCAGAAUAAAUUUUCCAAAAUAUCUGUGAUUCCAGACUGAGAGCAUGACUGUGCAGUUGAGAAGUUUGCUUCCUUAACCUGUGGUUUCAGGUUCAUUCCCACAGUAUGGCACCUUGGGCAAGUGUCCUCUGCUAUAGCCCGGUGAGUAGUAGACAAAAACUGAAAGAAGCCCAUUGUUGUCAUCAUCAUUUAAUGUUCCAUGCUGGUAUAGAUUAGAUGGUUUGACAGCAUCUAGAACUGCAUGGUACUUGAAUGUCUGCUUCAGAUGGCUGGAUGCCCUUCCUUACACCAGCCACUUCACACAAUGUACUGAGUGCUGUUUUUUAAGACACCAUAUAUUGUACAUAUGCAUAUGUAUGUUUGUGCAUCCAGUUCUUGACAUGAUACUUGUAAAUGUAUAUCACUGUCAUAAAAGCAGUGUUAUCUGUUUUCACUUCCCCAUGAAAACAUGUUUGGUUAUGGGGAAACAUUACAUUGCUAAGAAACAAGUGAGGGCUGAUCAUUGCAAAAUCAUCUAUCGCAAAGAAUUUUCCAACCCAUGCAAGCAUAGAUAAUUGGAUGUUAAAACUUCAGAGACCCAGAGUUGUAGAUUAUCAUUGUUUUAUUUUUUGUUUUUGUUUAUACAAAAUUAAGAUAAAAAAUCCUGUUUGCUUUCUAAAAGAAAAUGUUUUUUUACACUUAUAAAGAGCAAUGUUGUUAUAUUAUUGUGAGAGAUGGGAAUGAAAUAGAGAUUGAAAGCUGGAGAGAAAUAAGGUGAGCAUUGAAUGUGUAAUGUCAGCAUGCAUGAAUGACAAUAAAUGUGAGCUCAGAAAGAAAAGAAUGAUAUUUAAGUGAAGAUGAACCAAACAACCAAAGUAGAAGAAGCCUGCAGAACAAACUUCUUCAUAAUGUGUUUUAUGAGAAAAAUAUUGUAAAUUAUUUUCAAUUCAACUAUUUUAUGUUAUUGUAACAUUACAUUGCAAUUGGAGCAGUAUCAUACUAUAAAGCAUUCCUAUCCAAUUAUGAUGAAUAAAAUAUCUUCAGCCUGUUCCCUCUU